CGUCGUUUCAAUGGCAGCGCUGGAUUACCUGUCGAUGUUUUAUUCUCAGACUCCCCGCGUUGCGGAAGGGUUUGCCUGUUUUCGCCAAGCGGGAGAUCCCCCAGAAAAUGAUGUAUCUGGUCUCUUCCCCUCUCUCCUUGGCAAUGCCUGGCCGUCCUCCUCGUGGGGGCUGAUAAUGUCACCUCGCUGGUUUUUGCUGAUAUCUUCUAGGUAGGUUAGUAGCCAUUGAUAACGCCGACCGUCUGGCCACAGGAUUGGGGGAUUCCGAACCCCGUUAUCCUUCUCGCCGUUCACCUUCAGCUUGCACCUCGAGUUGUAUGUGCCUCUCUCUUGCUUAUCUGCCGUCGACGACAAAAAAAGAAAGGCCUCGCCCGAGUACCACCCACCCAACUGCGCAUAUCUCCUUGCUGCGUGAUACCCGAUCCAGCGCCACGGCGCCCAUAUCAAGAUGACGGACCAAAAGAAUACUUAUAGGCCAUGGCAAACCCUAGGCCUGGCGCCUCCUUGCGACUGGCAAUUGUACUUGUCAAGAUAGUCGUCGAUCACAUACUCACUCAGCCACGGAUCAAGAACACAAUCAACAGACAGAACAAAUCAGGACGAUAAGCACAAAUCUUCACACCCAGACCGAAAAGUCCUCCAAGAUGGCCGAGCCAGAAAUUGUGCCUGUCACCGAGUGGCCGGACUGGCAUGCCAAUCCCAACGGAGGUGAUCCCUUCACGCAGAACCUGAACUCACCCUAUGACAAGGGCGACCUAUGCUGGAUGCUCGUGUGCACUGCCCUAUGCUGGCAAAUCACCCCGGCCAUUGGCUUCCUCUAUGCCGGAAUGCACCGCAGGAAGGCGGCUCUGACCAUGGUCCUCCAAAGUCUCUUCUGUGCUUGCGCUUGCGGAAUCCAGUUCUGGAUAUACGGUUACUCACUGUACCAGGCACGAACAACAAACCCCAUCCUCGGAGACUUGUCUUUGGCCGUGUUCCGAAAUGUGCUUGCUCAGCCAUCCAUGGCCAACUCGGAUAUUCCUGAUAUUCUGUAUGCUGCCUUUGGCUUUACCUUCGUUUCUUGCACUGCCAUGAUCUUGGCCGGAGCCAUGCUUGAACGCGGCAGGCUAUUGCCCAGUAUGCUUUUCCUCCUCUGCUGGACUACUUUUGUUUACUACUUCAUUGCAUAUUGGGAGUGGAACCCUAGCGGAUGGUUAUACAAACUCGGUGUCUACGAUUUCGCCGGCUCCGGUCCUGUUCACAUCGCCAGCGGCUUCGGUGCCCUUGCCUGGUCUCUGAUGCUCGGUCCGCGUGUCGCCGACUCGGACGUCGUUGACCGUAAGAAACUCGUUCACCACAAGCCCCACAGUCCGCUGUUGAUGUGCCUCGGAACUGUCUUCAUCUGGUUUGGCUGGUUCGCCUUCAAUGGCGGCAGUACACCCAACCUGAGCCUGCGGUCCAUCUACGCCAUUGUCAACACGAAUCUGGCAGGAUGCGGAGGUGGCGUCGGUUGGGUCUUGAUCGACUAUCUCUACAAGAGAAAGUUCAGCUUGGUUGGCUUUUGCUCGGGUAUUAUUGCGGGCUUGGUCGGAAUUACCCCUGCAGCGGGUUAUGUCCCCGUCUACGUAGCCUCGCUCAUCGGCUUCCUCACCUCCGCCACCUGCUACUACGCCGCCAAGUACAAGCAUCUCCUCUCUGUUGACGACGGUCUCGACAUUUUUGCCAUUCACGGCGUGGGCGGUUACGUCGGUGAUCUUUUGACGGGCAUCUUUGCCGACAACUUUGUUCCCGCUCUCGAUGGCUAUUCAGGCAGCUCCUAUGCAGGGGGCUGGUGGAACCGCAACUUCCGCCAGCUUGGACUUCAGUUCGCCGGCGCAACCACUGCCGCGGCCUGGUCCUUUGUGGUGUCGUGUAUCUUGCUGUUCAUCAUCAACAAGAUUCCUGGCUUGCAUCUGCGCGCGAGUGAGGACUCGGAAAUCAGGGGUCUGGAUAUCAAGUACUUGGAGGAUGUGGAUGAGGAGGGAUUUUAUAUGAACGAGUGUAUACUGCACGGGCGUACGCCGCCGAGGUGUUCUGGGUCGUUGAAGGCUCCUACGUCGGUUACGGAGCCGGUUGGUGUUGAAGGAGGUGAAAAAAGGGAUUAGAUGGAGGUGUUCUUGAGACUUUGUAAACGAGGCGGCACUGCUUGGUUAGCUCAUCAUGAAUUUUGAAGAAUUUAAGGCGUAGCCCAGUGCGUCUCCGGCCAUCGGCAAAAUGCUGACGGAGUUGAGAGAGAACGGGAGCCCUCUGUUCCGAUGCAAGAUGCAAGGGUCAUGUUGUUGCUAGUGGUGGACUUGGACAGCACGAUGAGGGAAAGCGCACGACAUUGACAUCGACGUCGAUUUACCUUUUUGACACUUCAAAUAUAUACUUUUUCC